CGAUAGUCAUAGUACGUGUGCCAUAAGCAUAACCACAAGGCCCUGUGAGUUCACUCGGAGUUUGCGCGGUCUCCCAGCUGCAGCUGCCCUCCAAAAUCUUGGUGUAGCAGUCCCCGAGUUCUCGAUCAAGCACCAAAGAUGCUGCGCGCUCGCUGCACCACGGUUGCUUCUGCGCGGUCGACGCAAGACCAAACACGCGCGGUCGCGUCUGCCGCUCGCCCGACUCGCCGCGGUCUCCUGCUCGGGCUCGGCGCGUCUCUGGCGGGCCUCGCCUCCGGCGCCAACAGCGCGCAGGCUGCCCAGCUCUCAGAUCUGGUGAAGCCGCUGGUUGUGUCCAUGGAUGCCAACGGCGACGGUGUGCUGUCGGUGGACGAGGUGCGCGGUGCCAUCCAGCGCAGCAGCGGCCAGGCGGCCCCCCGCCUGACUGUGGUUCAGGACGUAAUGGCGCCCGUGGACUUCAACAACGAUGGGGAAGUCAGUGUGGACGAGUUCUCCCGCGGCAUGGCUCUGGAGCUGGGCGUGGACGAGCGCUGGAUGCGCGUCAUGGAGCGCGACGGCGGCGCCGGCGUGAGCCGCGCCGAGCUGGCGGCGGGCCUGGGCGACCUGGGCCGCAACGCCGACGAGGUGCUGCGCGUGGCGUUCGACAUGGCCGAUCAGAACCGCGACGGGCGCCUGAACGCGGCUGAGGCGCAGCGGGCCAUGAACAUGAUUGCCACCGGCCUGCUGGGUGACUACGGCGAGGGCCUGUGAGCAGUGAAGCGGCGAUGUGUUGAGGUGGAUGACGCGGGUGGUAGGAUUGGGGACGGGAUUAUUAUUAGCGCGGACCCUUAGGCGCGGGUUUGCGGGAAGAACGUAGGCUCGAAAUGGUCGACAAGCACUGAGGAGCGUGUGUACGGUAACAGCCGCACAUCUGACUUGGCGGCUGACAAGCGCUGAACUGGCUGUUGCACACAACAAGAUGGAGGCUAUGGUAGCAACAUAGAAGUUGAUGGAGAAGCAGCGUAGGCGCAGAACCUGGCGCCCGCACGCAAGCCCCUUCCAACUGCGGCGCCUGGACGAGGGGAUGGGUGGCCCGAGGGCCCCGCUGACGGGAUCCAAGACCAGAAGAAGGUGAAAAGGCUGCGGACAUAUGUAAGGGUGUGUGAUGGGACAGGGUUCAAGGCAGGUUGGCGAGGUCCCGUAGGGUGCAGCCGAUGCCCAGACCCGUAAGCAGACAGCAAACAGUUUGCAGUGGCAGGGCAGAAGUGCAUGGCUGGUCGAACGCCGGCGUUACUGUACCGACAAGUUGCUGGCUGGCUGGAAGUUUGCUGAUGCGCAUUCCUCACGCUCCGGGCGCCCGGCCAGGCGAUAGCACCACACAGACAGACCAGAAGAAGGUGAAAAGGCUGCGGACAUAUGUAAGGGGCUAGUAAUAACGGGGUCUGUUCAGGUAAUAACGUUUGGUGAUUUCGGUUGACACUGUAACACGUAAAUGAU